CACUGUUAAUUUUAUGGAAGAACAUUAUAAACCUAUUCCUAACUUGAAGAAUCAAAACGUUUUUAAGCUCCCUUAUCUCUGUACGGUCCCGCGUUAUGGUGUUUGUUUCUAUAAAAAGAAUCGAAUUCUUUCCCUGAGAUAGCAGAAUAGCCCAUAAUUAUGGAAGAAAAUGGAUUACAGAACAUGGGAACUGAUGUUUAAAUAUAUAGCAUGCUUGACGGGUAAAAAAUUUGUUCUACAAAAACAAGUAAUGUGAACUGGCUUUAAUAGACUAGAAAUAACCUGUUUUCUAAAGCAGAUGUCACUUCGAUCAAAUUAAAAACGAUUUUGGAAGUGUCAAUCAAAAAAGGAGUCGGCUUCACAUCGUGGUGUUUAUUUUUGUUUUUUUUUUUGUUUAUCGUCUAAAAAAAUCUCAAAAUAAAUGAACUUAUAAAAUAAAAAUAUAAAAUGCGUCCCGAAAAAAAAUAUACUUCGGACAGCGACUUGGAAAGUGUAUUUUCUAACGAAGAAGCCAAAGCAGCAGCUGUUGGAAAAUAUGUUUGCAAAUUUGGAUGUGGGCAAACUUUCAAGCGAAUGGUAUACUUGGAUCGACAUGAAUUCAAACACUCAGGGAUUAGAAAACAUAAAUGUUUCCAUGAAGGAUGUAGCAAAACCUAUACAAACAGUCAACACUUGAAACGACAUCUUAAAGUAUUUCAUGAAGAAAAACCCGAACAAAUAAAAAAUGUUAAUUGUCGUUUUGAUUUUUGCAAUAAGAUGUUUGUAUCGAUUGAUAAUAUGGAAAGACACAUUCGGGAAGUUCAUGAAAAUCCAAAAGUCUACGAAUGCACUCAAUGUGGGGAUAAAUUUACACAGAGACUGAAGUUACGUCGACAUGAAGUCAAGCACACAGGAGUUUAUCCAUACAAUUGCUCCAUCUGUUCUAAAGGAUUUGUUCAAGAAUACUUUCUUACACGCCACAUUUGCACGAAAACCUACAAAUGUGAUCAAUGUGAUGUGACCUUUGCAAAAUGGUCCGAAUUAAUUGCCCAUCGCAAAGCUUUAAAUCACAAAACGCUACAUAAGUGCGAUCAAUGUUCCAAAGAAUUUAAAAGUCAAUUUUUCUUGGACGAACAUAAGAACUGCCAUGAAGAUGAUAAAGAAGUAUUCAAAUGUACUUACGAAGACUGCACACGUUUUUAUACUUACCGUAGGAAUCUAUUGCAACACAUACGAAACGUUCACGAGGGUAAAAAAAUUCAAUGUACUGUUGAGAAUUGCGAAAUGACACUAUCGAAUAAAAGAGCUUUGGAACAUCACAUAAAAGUUAUUCAUAAGAAACAAAAUAAUGAUAAACCUAAAGGUGGGAAAAAGGAACGUGCAAAACGCAAAGAUGCUGGCAGGCGUAAGCAGUCUACACUCUCCAAACUAUCGGGUGUUUUUAUUGAAAAGGAAAUUGAUCAAAUGAUUAUGGAUGGAGUGGCAGAAGUUGAUAUCGAUUUGCCAGCAUUGGAGGCAGAAAUAUCAAAAAGUAUAGAGACACUGGGCAAUAAUAGCGCCGAAGAUCAGUAAUAAUUUGUGUUGUAUUUUUAAAUAUGAUUCGUUGAUAAUAUUUAUUCCAUAUGUUAAAUAUAUAAAAUAUAUGUACAUGCGUACAUAGAAU